GGGAGACGCGAGCAUGCUCCGAUCUUGUUAAGGGUUCACAAACGUGGUUUACAACUCGGUGGGCCCCAAAGACGCCCCCCUCCACACUGGCCCGUUUGGGGAGGGAGUACUUUCACGCAGAGCAGCGGAUGGGGAGCAGAUAAGCGAAUUGGGUCCUCUGGUUGUGUGUGGUUUUGCCGUCGUUUGAUGUAGUAGCCACAGCCACCAACCUAAACUGCAUUGUUGUUCUACUUAAGUCGAGAUGUCGGGUUUCUAAAAGCAAGGAUUUUCUUAAAAAGCGCAAACCACCUGUUUUCGCCUGCUUUAGGAAAUAAACUGAUACAUACGUCGUGACUACGACUAAGAUUUCUGUGGUUUCAGCGCGUUGUGGGUUUAAGGCUGGAUACACAAACUCGUCGCUCCUAAGGAGGAGAGAGGUGGAGAUUAGAUUUUUAUCUCACAAAGGCAACACCGCCGUAACUGCUGUGGCAUUCUGACUUGUCUCAGUCUGGUAUUGCGAAGAGCUGAAGUACAGUAAGGUCAGCCUGGUGGGGAGUAAAUCCGUCGAGCUCCCCGUGUGUGCGUGUGCGUGUGCAGCCGGACUCCUGCGGUACCGUCUUGGACGCAGCGGGCUGUCGUGAACCGGCCGAGUACCGCGUUUUACUGCGACUACGCGAGGAGUUGUGUCCAUCGGAAGCCGAGCAGCCCCGGACGGUGCUCUCUUUAAGCCCGCCAGCAAGAGCCCCGCGCCCGGCGGCAGCUGCCGCGCAGCCCCGCCGGGGAUCUGCCUGAUGCGGGACGCGGCUCCGGUGCCGGGGCGCUGCGCUGCUCUGUCUGGGCCAGUCGGUGCCCCCGGUGCGAGCAGCCGGGAGACAUUCCAGGGAGCCGGACGCGAGUGCUGAGUCGGCUGGCGACACGUCCCUACAAGCCCGAGGUGUAGAGCUGCGCCGGCGAAGCGCGCCAUGUGGGUUCCUCCAGCUUUCGCUCGGUGAACUUCGGAGCCGCACAGAAGAUGGCCGACAAGGAUGGCAAGUGCGACUUGGCCAUAGCUCCCGGGCAGGUCUACGUGGAGGUGGAAUACGACUACGAGUACAAGGCCAAAGACCGGCUCAUCACCAUCAAGCAAGGGGAGUGCUACAUCCUGCUGAAGAAGACCAAUGAGGACUGGUGGCAGGUGAAGAAGGACGAGAACACCAAACCCUUCUACGUGCCUGCCCAGUAUGUGAGGGAGGUGCGCAAGGCUCUCAUGCCUCCCCAGAAGCCCCUCCACUCCGGCGCUCUGGUCAAGGCGAAGCCCAACAUGCUGGACAUCCACCCCCUGCAGAAGUCGAACGAAAACCUGGCCAAGGCCCCCGAGAUGACCAGUUUCGGCCGGCCCGCUCCCGGGCCCGUCACCCCGCCGGCCCCUCCCAGGGACGCCAACCAGAACCUGGGCAGCCCCGUGCAGAGCAAGAGCCUGGCGGAGCACUUCCUGAACAACAACAACAUCAGCGGCGCCGCUGGCUCUCUCCCGGGGGCCCGGGCCGACUCGCCGCCGCCUCCCCGGCCGCCCAAUCACAGCAGGUCCCCCGCGGCCGGGCGGAAGCCCCCCCUGGACCUGGAGGCCGACCGGACGCCCCCCCACUGCGACUCGGCGGGGGAGGGCUCAGAGAAGCACCGCCAGGACUCGGAGUCGGGAGACGAGCUGAGCAGCAGCUCCACCGAGCACCUGCAGACGGCUUCCCCGACGGGCCCGGGCCGCCCCGAGUCCCCCGUCUACACGAACCUCCAGGAGCUGAAGAUCUCCCAGGCCCACCUGCCCCCCGCGCCCUCCGGCUCCCCGCUGCACACCUUGGGCGACUGGGAGACGUACAAGGACCCCAGCGGGCGGCACUUCUACUUCAACAGGGCGACGCAGGAGCGCACCUGGAAGCCGCCACGCGCCCGGGACGCCAGCAGCAGCGGCAGCACCGGCAGCAGCCGAGGGGAGGCUCACGCCCCGGGGGACCCCGAGCCCCUCUCGUCCGAAGAGAACUGCCACAGCACUUAUUCCAGCCAGUCAGAUAGUCAGUACGGGUCUCCCCCCCGCGGCUGGUCUGAAGAGCUGGAUGAGCACGGGCAUACCUUGUAUGUCAGUGAAUAUACUAACGAAAAGUGGAUAAAGCAUGUUGAUGAUCAAGGCCGCCCGUACUACUAUAGUGCUGAUGGCUCGAGGUCUGAGUGGGAGUUACCAAAAUAUAACCUCUCGCCGCCGCAGCCUGGAGACAUGCCCAAAAGCAGAAGUCUGGACAGGAAGCAGGUUGAGCCUAUAGUGUUAACAAAGUGGAGACACAGCACCUAUGUAGCAGAUUUAAGUGACAAGUUGUCUGUCAAACACAGACGUUAUGCUUCUGAGCACCAUACAGGGACCGCUGGUCCUCCGCCGUACCCUGAACAAGAGUCUCCGACAGGUCCCAAGCAAAGCUUUCCCGAUUCCGACUCCUGCCCUUCAUCUCCCAAGCAUCCCACAGCAACUUCAGAGAAAUGUGGAGUACUAAAUGUGACCAAAAUCACUGAAAAUGGGAAGAAAGUAAGGAAGAACUGGACGUCCUCCUGGGCUGUGCUUCAGGGCUUCGCACUGCUGUUCGCCAAAGGUCAAGGAGGCGGAACCGGUUGGUCAUACUACCGCAGGGGCUCGAUCCCUGAGCUCCUCCUCUCGCUGUUAAGCAACUGGAAACGCUCAGUGAAGCAGCGCCCCGCUGUCUCCUAUGUAUACUCUGGCCCUGUCACAGCUGCCACUAAGUUUGGUGGUAAUCAGUCCAAGCCUGAGUUCACUGUGGACCUCAGAGGGGCUUCUGUGGAUUGGGCUUCGAAAGACAAAUCCAGCAAGAAACACGUCAUUGAGCUGAAAACCCGUCAAGGAACCGAGCUCUUGAUUCAGUCCGAGAACGACAGCGUUAUCACCGACUGGUACAAAGCACUGGCAGAGACGAUAAGCACCCAUGCCUGGGAGUCGGAUGAAGCCAUCGAGGAGGACAUGCCAGAGUCCCCCCGGCCAGAGAAGCAGGACAAGGACAAAGAGAAGGACAAGGAGAAGGACAAGGACAAAGAGCACAGAGACUCCAAGAAAGGACGAGUGAUGAAAACCUCAACCAGCAUGGAUUCUUCAGACCAGAAGAAAACCAGAGUUAAACUGAGGAAGUUUCUCACUCGCCGGCCCACACUUCAAGCAGUGCGAGACAAGGGCUACAUUAAGGAUCAAGUGUUUGGCUGCAGUCUGACCAGUCUCUGUCAGAGGGAAAACACUACGGUGCCAAACUUUGUCAAGAUGUGCAUUGACCAUGUUGAAAAUAAAGGUUUAAGUGUCGAUGGGUUGUACAGAGUUAGUGGAAACCUGGCUGUGAUACAGAAGUUACGAUUUGCUGUGAAUCAUGAUGAAAAGGUGAAUUUGGAAGACAGCAAGUGGGAGGACAUACACGUCACCACCGGAGCUCUGAAGAUGUUCUUCAGGGAGCUGCCAGAGCCUCUCUUCACACACGCCUAUUUUGAAGACUUUGUCAGCGCUAUCAAAUGUCCAGACUACAAACAGCGAGUACAUUCAAUAAAAGACUUAAUUAAGCAGUUGCCAAAACCAAACCAGGAUACCAUGCAAGUUCUCUUUAAGCACCUCAGAAGAGUUAUAGACAACGGGGAGCUGAACCGCAUGACGACUCAGAGUGUUGCUAUAGUGUUCGGCCCUACGCUGUUGCGACCGGAGAAAGAGACUGGAAACAUCGCGGUGCACAUGGUGUAUCAGAACCAGAUUGUAGAAUUGAUCUUGCUGGAGUACGAGAGCAUUUUCAGCAGGUAAACCUGCUUGUGAAAGAGGACAGUCUCGCCGAGCUCUAUACCAUGGCAGACGUCAAAACUUCCAUCUGUGAGAUAUGCUGUGGAACACGCAAUAUAAAUAUAUUGAAAUAAACAAAGGAAAAACAAAAGACUAGUUGACUUUGCACUUAACAUUUUGAAGCUAUGUGUAUAUUUUCUUUUGGUUGUCAUUCCUGCAAGUAGAAUUGCCAUUACUUCAUGAGCCUAUGAUGCUUUCACCUGACUGGACUUUGACUGGUUCAUUUGCAGCUACAAAGCUGUGGGGUUAAUAAGGAUGGUUCCUUUUUUCAUUGGUUAAGACAAAUGACUGUUCAGGAUAAGUUUGUAUACACUGGAUUCUUCUGGCCAGUAUUGAUGAUAAUAAGGUCUAAUUGCCGGUCAUGAGAAUAUGUAAAAGCUCUGAACAUUUAUACCCAUCUUCACUAAUCACGUGGAUCUGAAUGACUCUCUUUGAGCCAGAUUCCAAGUUCAAGAUGGCUUACUGCUGACCAGCAUAAGUGGAAGUUCAUGUUUAUUUAAUCUUACGUAAAUGAGACAUCAUUAGGAGCCAAGUAUCCUGUAGAAGAGUAAUUUGGUUAUUCUUUCACUUGGUCUUUUUUUUUUAAAGAAAACAGACCAUUUCACGGUCUUGUAAAAUGCUGACUGCUGACAGACUCAUUUAAAGGAACUGCAUCUGCACACUUGUGUACACCCAAAGGAAAUCUGCAGACAAGGAACAUUCAGUUGUAUCAGUAUUAGAAAUGGGAGUUUCAGUGUGCUCCAUUUGAUGGAUUUGAAUAACCUGGAAAUGUGUGGGCUAACACUUUAGGAAAACACGCCUAUAACGCACCCCAGAAAACACAAGACCUGAAACAGGAAAACAAGAAACAAGACCCUGUGGACGUGUGGACAUGUGGAUGUGAUGUGACCUCUUACAGGCAUGAGACUUCUGCAUAGAGCUAAAGACCUUUUGGUUAGAUUUUAUGGGUGUUAUCGUUGUAGCAACAAACGUCUUGGUGAUCUGCUCUCCCAGAGACCACUCAUCGCAUAGGCGUGCAUUUUCAGAGCUAACGUUUCACGAAGGGGGUUCUCUGGGUCCCUUAAUGUUGUGGGCAUAGUGCCAGCCAAACAGUAUAAAACUGAAAAACCUUGAAAUAGUCAAACCUGUGAUGGAAAAACUCCAAUGUUUAUGAUGUAAAUAUGUGGAAGGUUUAAUCUUCUUCCAGGUCUUGUACAUAAAUGUAUAGUUCCAUGAGUGAUGUAGGCCUCUUUUCUUUUGUAACAGUUCCUAAAUACACAUCUAAUUGCCGCACAUUUAGCUAUAGGAAGUAUUUUCUUUUGCUGGGCCACAAUGGAAUUGGAUGGAGCAGCCAAGGAUUUAUUACCAAUUCAGAUAAAUACCGUGUGUCCUUUUCUGCCUCUUUUAAGGUCAAUUUUUCUGUUUCUUUUCUCCCUAUUUCCAAGGCUAAUUCAAACUUUUAGAGAAAAAAAAAAACAUGGUACUGGAAUUAGUAUUGCGUAGGCCUGUGGUGAAUUGAUGG